AUGAUUCACAACAUCCUGCUCACCGGCGCCUCGGGCUAUCUUGGGGGCACUCUACUCGCGCGCUUGAAACAGACAGAUUUGCCUCCAUAUGGCAAGCUUUACGCCCUUGUUCGCUCUGAAAAACAAGCCCAAUGUGUGCAGGAAUAUGGCGCAGAGCCUUUACUCUGCAACAUUGCGGAGCAUGAUCAAUUAACCAACGCAAUUAUUGACAGAGAGAUUUCUGUGAUAUAUUUCCUGAUCGACGCUUACGGUCAGACACAUCAGCAAGUGAUGAUCAGGGCCCUUGGGAAGGUAAAGGAACGCACAGGUAAAACAGUGCAUUUCCUACAUACAACCGGUGCCAAACAAUUCAGUCGACAUGGGGGUGUUCAAGAUAAAAGCACUUUACUUGACACGGAUCCGAAGCUCUAUGAGAUCCAGAAAAGUGCUGCCCCGCCGUAUACAUGGUUUACUCAGGGUCUCAGGACCAAUGUCGCGGUUAUUGACACCGCAGAGGAGAACGGAGUGCGGAGUUACAUAUUUGCUCCCUGCAUAGUAUAUGGAGAAGGGGAGGGGUUCGGGAACCGCACUUCUAUUCAGGAUGUUGCAGUGGUGAAAGCCGCGAAGAAGACAGGUCGUGUCUAUACGGUGGAUUCCGAUAACCCCAUCUGGCCUGUUUGCCACAUUAUUGACAACACUGCUCUAUACUUGCAGAUUCUGCGACAGAUUUUGCUCGGGAAUGAUAUCGGGUAUAACAGGAAUGGGUUCUUCCUUGCUGCCUCCGGAAGUAUAGCUUGGAAAGACAUAUAUGACGCUUUUGCUAAAGCUUUAUCAAAACGUGGUGUGGUUAGUGAUAGUACGGUGGCACAGGCAGACGAAACAGUGCUGGGAAAAAUGGGCGAAGCACUGGGAGUGGUCCCAUCUGUUGUACCUUUUCAAGUGGGCGGCAACUGUACCUUCACUGCAGUCCAUGGCAAGCAGAUCGGCUGGGAGCCGCAGUACCCACCGGAGUAUAUACUCGAAGCAGCAGAUGACGAGGUUAAGCUGAUUCUGAAGAGCCUUGAAUCAAAAGCAACCAUUGGGUGAUCCCAAACCUACUCUACGAAUGGUUGGUUACUGGUAAAGGACUAGAUAGGUAAGCAUGGCAGGAUUGCGAGUACUGCAUUGGCAUUAUUUCAACAAGGGCCUACAGCUACGUGAUGUAUGCUCAUGCAUGUUGAUGCUACGGCCCUUGCGAUACACAAUACAAACUAAAGCUAGAGCAAUAGAGAAUAGAAUUCUCAUUAGCGACAUUUUACCAAACUCGGCUGAUGAGCCUUCAUGUUCAUGGCUCCUACUAAGUCCACUUACAGGUCCCGUUAAAUUCAUAUCGUUCUUCAUAAGAACGUUUCCGUUCUUUGAGUUACUCUAAUUAUGUCCCUCAAUAUUCGUAGAGGAAGGUACCGAAGAAAGAAGAAUUCCCUAUACCUCCAGAAACUAAGCUUUACUCUCCCUG